AUGGAGAAAGGGGGGAAGCCAGCAUCAUCCGGGCCGCCGGGGUUCAACCCAGCCGACUUCCCCGACGGCGGGCGAGAGGCGUGGUUAGUGGUCUUCGGCGGCUUCCUGGCGCUGUUCUGCUCCUUCGGCCUCGUCAACUGCGUCGGCGUCUUCGUCGAGUACUACGUCAACGGGCCGCUGGCCGGCUACAGCAGCUCGGCCGUGAGCUGGAUCACGUCGCUGCAGGUUUUUGUCGUGACGGGUUCGAACGCUUUUGCUGGCCGUAUCUUCGACAACUACGGGCCCCGCUACCUCCUCAUCUUCGGCACACUUGUCUACGCCUUUGGCCUGAUGACGGUGUCGCUGUCCACAGAGUACUACCAGUUCAUCCUGGCGCAGGGCGUCGUCAGCGGGGUCGGCGCCAGCGCAGUCUUUAACUGCGGCACCAACUCGGUGCUGAGCUGGUUCCCCCGCUACCGCGCGUACGCCCUCGGCAUCAUGGUGUCGGGCUCCUCGUUCGGCGGCAUCGUCCUGCCCAUCAUGAUGACCAAGCUCAUCCCGGGCGUCGGCUUCCCCUGGACCAUGCGCGUGCUGGGCUUCAUGGUGCUCGUGCUGUGCGGCAUCAGUUUUCUGACGAUCAAGUCCCGCCUGCCGCCGCGGCCGAAGCCGUUCCGCGUCCAGGAUUACUUGACCCCCUUUUUGGAGGUCCGGUACUCGAUUGUCGUCGCGGCCUCGUUCUUUGUGUUUUGGGGCUUCUUGCCGUUUAGCUACCUGACGCUGCAGGCGCAGCAUCAGGGUAUCGACGCGACGCUUGUGCCCUACAUCUUGCCCAUUCUCACCGCGUGCAGCAUCCCCGGCCGCAUCAUCCCGGGCUUCCUGGGCGACAAGCUCGGCCGCUUUAACAUGAUGAUCCUGAUCACUGGCCUAUCGGGGGUGAUCACGCUGGCGCUGUGGAUCCCGGGGCAGUUGACGGCGGCGACGCUCGUCUACGGCGCCGUCUACGGCUUCGCUUCGGGCGGCUACAUCUCGCUGCUGCCAGCCGUCAUCUCCCAGAUCAGCAGGAUCCGCCAGAUCGGCACGCGCAACGGCAUGUCUAUGCUCGUCGGGUCGCUGGGCGGGCUGACCGGGUCGCCAAUCGGCGGCGCUAUCGUCGCCGCGCAGGGCGGCGGCGGCUACCUCGGCUUGCAGCUGUUCUGCGGCUUGAGUCUGACGGUUGGGAUGGCGCUGUUCUUCGCGGCUCGGACUGUGCAGAUUGGCGUGAAGGUUGUGAAGAUUUAG